GCCUGUCUGCCUGCCAGAGAGGGGAGUCGAGAGCUCUGCUGGGAACUACAUGGUGCUCAAUUUUUCAAGAUGUCGUCGCUGGAACAGAGGCUGUCGCGAAUCGAGGAGAAACUAAAGCAGGAAAAUGAAGAAGCUCGCCGGAGAAUCGACCUCAACAUCGACAUGAGUCCGCAGCGAUCACGUCCGAGGCCGAUCAUCGUGAUCCAGCUCAGUCCUGCUCCAGCCCCUUCCCAGCGUGCAGCACUCCAGCUGCCGCUGGCCAACGAUGGUGGCAGCCGUUCAUCGUCUUCAGAGAGCUCGCCUCAGCACCACCCCUACCCUAGCCGCCCGCGACACAUGCUCACCCUGCCCACACCUCCAUACGGCCUACAGAAGAGCCUAGAGAAUGCAGAGAUUGACCAGAAAUUGCAGGAGAUCAUGAAACAGACAGGUUAUCUGAAGAUCGACGGUCAGCGGUAUCCAGCAGAAGUGACGGACCUGAUCAGUGAGGGAGAGAUCGGCAGCGGGACCUGCGGACAAGUUUUCAAAGUGCGAUUCAAGAAGACCGGCCAUGUCAUCGCUGUCAAACAAAUGCGUCGUACAGGAAACAAGGAUGAGAACAAGAGGAUCCUGAUGGACCUGGAUGUGGUGCUGAAGAGUCACGACUGCCCUUACAUCAUCCAGUGCUAUGGCGCCAUAGUUACCAAUACGGAUGUUUUCAUUGCCAUGGAGCUGAUGGGAACAUGUGCUGAGAAGCUGAAGAAGAGAAUCCAGGGCCCCAUCCCGGAGCGAAUCCUUGGAAAGAUGACAGUGGCGAUAGUGAAGGCGUUGCUGUACCUGAAAGAGAAACAUGGUGUCAUCCACCGGGACGUCAAACCCUCCAACAUCCUCCUGGACGAUAAAGGUCAGAUCAAACUGUGUGACUUCGGCAUCAGCGGACGCCUCGUCGACUCCAAGGCAAAGACCCGCAGUGCUGGCUGUGCUGCCUACAUGGCGCCUGAGAGAAUAGACCCUCCAGAUCCCACCAAACCUGACUAUGACAUCCGAGCAGAUGUGUGGAGCCUUGGCAUCUCUCUGGUGGAGCUGGCCACGGGACAGUUUCCCUACAAGAACUGCAAGACAGACUUUGAAGUUCUGACCAAAGUGCUGCAGGAAGAUCCUCCUCUGCUGCCUCUCAGCAUGGGCUUCUCCCUCGACUUCCAGUCCUUCGUCAAAGACUGCCUCACAAAGGAUCACAGAAAAAGGCCGAAAUACCACACACUGCUGGAGCAUAGUUUCAUACUGCGUUACGAGGUGCUGGAGGUGGACGUGGCCGGUUGGUUCCAGACGGUGAUGGAUCGCACCGAGUCACCUCGCAGCAGCCAGUGUUACAGCCAUCAGCACCAGCUCCACUCCCUCUUCAGUAGGUAGCCUAGCCCAGCCCGGCGUUAGCUUAGCCAGACGCUAGUCUAGCCUAGCUUUAGCUUUGCCAACCCCAGACUUAGUCUGUCCUAGUCUAGCCCAGCGUUAGCAGUUAAGCCUAGCGUUAGACCCAGCCCGCCUGUCCAUCUGUUCACCGGAGCACCUGAAGAGCCCACAGAGGAGGAGGACGACUCUGGAUGGACUGAUGGAUGGAGAGAUGGACUGAUAGAUGGAUGGAUGACACAGGUGGUUCUGUUUAUUAGUGUGUUGAAUCUGGACAGGCAGACGUGGGAAGGAGGGAAGAGAAAAAGGUGCACACUGUAGUUAGCUUUCUUUGUUUACACACUGUCCUUUCUCAUCACACUAUCAUAUCAUGUCACAUCACAGUGUGUAUAACAGCCACACACAAACACACAUACAAACUGUGUGCGUGUCUCGUAUGUGUUUCUGUAUUUCCUCCACUUUUCAUUAGUUUUUCACCUACAUGUCUGUCUCCAGCAUUGAUCCAAGCCAUUGGAUUAGUCAACAGAGUAGUCACUACACACUGGAACAAAGCAUCUGCUACAUUAGCAAACCUGAAUCUCUCUUGUACAUAAACGUUAUGGAGGACAUAACAAUGUCCGGUGCAAUUAUGAUUCUUCAGGUGUUUCUACUAUCACACAUUCUCAGGCUGUAUCUGUGUGUGUGUUUGUGUGUGUAUCUAUCUGUGUGUAUCUGUGUGUGUGUGUGUGUGUGUUUGUGUGUGUAUCUGUGUGUGUGCGUGUGUGUGUGUGUGCGAGCGCGUGUAUGGAUCAAUAUCAAGACACAGUCACUGUUCUUUUUUUUAAAGUGAGAUUAUAUUUCCUAGUCAUUUAAUCACCUUCGCACUACAGCUGUAACACACAGAGAAGAAUGAAUUAAUUUGUUGGCUGUGCUUCAUUUUUAACAUAAGGAUAGUCAUUCUUAUUAACUUUGAUAUAAAAUAUGUUUAGAGCACCCAUCGUUGUAUUUAGCAGCUACAUAAUUGGAAAAAAACACAAAAAGAAUUACAAAAAAAUUAGCGUUGCAUUCUAGCUUUGUAGAAGAGAAGACAUUUAUGGUUUUUGUGUAUUCAGAAUGACUUUUAGGUGAACUAAAGGAGCGUUACAAGAGAUGGAGGGAUGUUAAAAGAUUAGUUUGAAAGGAGGAGUGUCCGACUUUGUAGAUGUGUGUGAGAGAAAAGCAAAGAAAGUAGAAGAAGAGGGGAGCUGAUGAUCAUUUGGAAGAUUGAAUAGCUGUUACUAGUGUGAGAAACGAGAGAGUUUGGAGGUUUUUUUCAUUGAGAAGGCAAAGAACAGGAGUUUAUCGUGUACAAAGAAUAUAAAUGGGGUAGAUCUUAUUACCUGUGGAGCAUUUCUUUACUCCUCCUUUACUCUCUGUUUUUCUACCUCUUCCUCUCUGUCCACCUCUCUAUCUGCCUCUGCUGUUUAGUGUGAUGUAGUGCUCCACAGUGUUACCAGACCAAAGGCUGCGCAUAUUUUAAAGUAAAUAUUUAUUCUUUCAAUAUUCACAUUAUUGAUCAAUCCCCUAAUUAUUUUCAAUUAAUUAUCAAAUGUAAAAUUUCCAGACUGCAAAGGUUAGGGAUAUAAUUGAUUUUGUUCUGGACACACAGUCCAAAGCCUAAUGAUUCUCUAUUUAAUAUCAAAACUCAGAUUAAUUAGGUAAAAAUCUGGAAGGACAAAGCUGCCAUUCUCUAGAAAUACAAUCUGAAACAACGUUUUGUUUCUUUUUAAAGUGUUUAUGUGGCCCCACUGGGGAGAAAACAACCUGUCCAAUGGCCCCAGGUAGCCUGACUUUGAGACCCCCUGAAUUAGAGGAUUGUUGAGAUAAAACUCAGUGUGUCAGUCCGGCCAAUGUGUUUAAAAUUGACAUGUAUAGAUGUACUUAAUGAGCGCAGGUCUACAGAGACUGACUGUCUAGAGUCCCACUGCCUCCCCUCAUGCAGGGCCACAGCCACAGCCUGCUAGAUGUGCAGACUCCCACGCCCCGUCACGCACCAAACCAAAUCACUGCUAGACACAGAGAACCGAGGACUGGCAACGAUAGAGAGGAAACCGUUAAGUGUCAGAGAGACAGAGAUGUGUAGGAAUGUUUUCAAGAUGGCAGGAGAGAUGAGUGAAAAUGAAACGACAGGAAAACGAUAGAGCGGAGGAUGGAGUGAGGUGAGAAGGAAGACAGGGAGUGUUGAGAAAGUGGGAUGGGAAGUUGAAGAAAAGUCAGAGACAAACUGGAUGACAGGAAGUAAUUGUGGAGAAUAAAGGAGAAAAGAAACAGAAAGGAAACAGGACUGCCGAGCUCUGAGGCUAGCUGGUUAUUGUAAAAAGCUUUCAAGGUGUUACACCAACCUACCAAUUAUGAUUUUAGCGAGUGACUUAGCAUGUUGUGUUUAUGAUGUUUACUGUUCUGUUCAAACAAUGUUAUUUAUUUACAUUGCUACUGCUGCUACUUUGUUUUUUUUAUUGCUUUAGAUGCUGCUGUCACUUCUUUUCCCCAAAGGACAAAUACUUUAUUCUUUUUCUUUUAAGCCAAAUAAGUGAAAUAAUGCAAUUUCAACACGUUACCAAAUACAGAUGAGCAAGUCUGAUGAGGGCAAAAGCAAGUGAGAGAGGGUGAGAUGGAUUAGGAGAGCGAGUGCAGGGAGAGAUCGGCUUCACAAAAAGUACUAACUCACACAAAAUAAACACACCUCACCUCAAAUGUAGCUCUAUGGAAGUAGUUCAUCAUUUAUAUCCCGUCACACUAAACUCUGUACAGUGUAGAUAUGAUUAGAGGUAAUGUCUGUCUGUCCAGAUGCUUUUUGUCACAUCCAUCCUUUACUCUGUCCAUCCGUCCCCUCCAUCUGUCCACAGGUCACCUGCAAGCUUGACAACCUUGACAGUUCACACCAAAGGUGUCCACAACUCAACAAAAAAUACAAAAGAGCGUUGUUAUUGUUAUGACUAUUGUUAUUGACAUUAUAAUUGAUUACUCUCAGCUAUGAUAUAUAUGAAAUCUCUCUAUAGGUAGUGGGGGGAGGGGGCGCUGUAGUAUAGCAGUGCUGUGUGUGUGUGUCAUAUACUUUACAGGGGGAGACUGUUAAACUAACACAAGGCGAGGGCCGAGCAAUAAAACCAGCCGACUCAUGCUCGUACUCAGUGAAUCAAUUCUCUGUGGGCCUGUAUCAAGAAGUAAAUCCAACUUAGUCCGGCUCUCUGUGGGCUGUCUGGCUUUCGCUGAGCCACUGGACAAUAGCGAUCCUGGAAAACUGGUAUCACACAGCUGGUUAUCAACCGGCUUCCAAUCCAGCUACAAGUGUGUUCACAUAAAAGAGUUCUUAAUCACAAGCCAAUGAAAUGUUGGCUGUUGUAAUGUACAUUUUUAAUUAAAAAUACAUUUCCCAUCAUUGGCUGAUCAUGUUUCAGCCCCGAUAAUUAUAGUGAAUCCCGAACUGUAAUGUCUUAUUACUUAUCAGCCAGCACAUACAUAUAUUGGUCUAGCUCCACUAUAUCCCCCAUGAAAAUAAUAAACAUAGAUCAUUAGAGCUAUUUUUUUUUUCAAACUGAGGGAAGCUCCCUCCAGUACCACAGAAGACUGUUUUUAAUUGUAAUUGUAGGAGUGUUACUCCUCCUCGUGAUGAGUAAACUAAACUCUGAUUCUGAUUGGUCAGUAGGUGGCCUGUUGGUUCAGAUCAGAUCCUCUGAAGGUAACCUGCUCCGUUAGCCCUGCACCAUUGGUUACCAUGGUGAUCUGCCCCGGUUAAAAGUGCGCCAGUUUUGUGAUACCAGAAGACCUGAGUGAAGCCCAAAAAUCGUCAUGACUCCCAGUGAUACAGGCCCCCCGGGCAGAUGUGAUGGUGAGCCAGCACAACUCCGUUAGUUAGUUCAGCCUUUUGUCGGGUUUUAAUCUGGGGACCAGGGUGUGACCUGGAACUGAUUUAGCUUCCAACAGCAAACAGGGACUCUUGACAGGAUUUGGGGCUGAUCAUGACAGACCUGCUCAGUGUCCCUGUUGUAUAUAGACCUGAAUCUGGUGCUUAGUAUCCAUCCGCUGUACUGCACUGCCAGCCCAGCCUGAGGUGCACUUAUUGGUGCAGUGCAAAAACACUCACUACAACGUUCACUGUUCAAACUGUUUGUGUAACUCGUGUCCAAAAAACGCCAAGCUGGACCCAGUCUCCCACUGUCGAGCUUCUCUGUCAUUAAGCUGAUGUGUAUUUUACACACCCACACACUCGCUCGUCCGUGCUCUUUGCAUGCAUUUUCAUCCAGACACCUGAUUGGGUGACAGCGCCACGCUACACCUUCUGUGAAACCAAUCAGAUCAUGACUGUCGAGUAUGAUUACUAAUCCACGCACACACCCCCAAAUGUAUAAAGUUAACUCAUUCUACACAGCAAUGCUUGCUACUGCCAAUAGUGGCUUCAUGUGUAUAUAUAAGCUUGUCAGGUGCGAGGCCAGGGGUGUAUAAAAACAGCUAGUUCAUAGCGUGUAUACCUGCGCUGUGCCUUGACACCGAGGGGGAGUGAGUGUGAGUGUGUGGGUGUGUCUGAGUGUGUGGGUGUAUGUGUGUGUCGUAAACCCAUCUGUAAGUAAACCAAAUAUCAUUUUCACUAUGCAGUCAUUCAAACCAUGUCAGCUUGCUUCAAUGGGAAAAAAAAGCCUCCUGUACAUACACAGAUUUAUGGAUAAACUGGAGUUAGCGACAGUGUGUGUUUUUUCUUUUUCAUGCCCCCCCCCCCCGUGUGAUUAAUGUCACCGCCUUCAGCUAGUUCACAGAGAACAGAGAGAGCAAGAGAUAUGUUUUGAAUGAGCUGACAAAUAUUUAAGGAUUGUACUGGGGUUGGGGAGGGACGGGGGUUAGACUUGGGGUUUGUAGUUUAUGGGGAGAUCAAUGCUGUAAAGUAUAUCAAUUGCAUGUUAUUGUCACCGUUGUAAACUGCCAUUGUUUUGUUUUUUGUUUGUUUUUUUCUUCCAAGACAACGGUUGGUUGGGGCGGGGAUGCACAAAACUUUAUCCUUAUUUAUGAUUUUUACACAUGUAGUCUGUAUUUUGUUUUUGCAAAAAUGUUGAAUUAUUGUGUACUUAGGAAAAGACACACUUCUUUUGCCUUUUUUUUUUUUUGUUUUGUUUUUUUUCUCUGUCAACUUUUGCAAUAUACUUUCUCACUCUGGACCCGUCACUAGUCGUCGAGGAGGAGGAGCUGUAUCUUUAUUAGCAGACAGUAUUUGUUAGAGAAAAAAACGUCUCAACGUCCUGUUUUCCCCUCAUUCACGUGCUGUGUGUGUCUUUCUUUUCAGUUAGCUGUGCGAGCGGAGAGUGUGUGUGAUGUUUAUUUGUCUACCAAAAGUCUUUAUUGAUGGUGAUUAUUAUUAGCUUUUAUUUUUGUCUAUUGUUUUUUUUUAUUAUGAUUACUAUGAUUACUGUUUUUAUUAUUAUUAUUAUUAUUAUUAUUAUUAUUAUCAUUCAGGGCAAAGAUGACACCAAAUUGAACAAAGAAAUAAAUGGGUGAUCCCAGACAGCGCUGAGAGCUGGACAGUGUUGUCCGUCUUUCUAAAGGUUUCUUUUACUGGCGAGGUGGAGCAAUCGUUUGUUUGUUUUCCUCACCGUUACGCUGUAGUGUCUGUCCACCUUAUUUAAAGCGCCACAUAAAGACAACCUCUGAACCGAGAGUUUAAUAGUAUUUUUUAUAUUAUUAUUAUCUGUUGUUUUCCUUUGAUCAGAUAUCAUGAUCGAUUUAUUUCUUGUUACCCCAGUUUGGGUCAUAAAGUGUGUGCUGUUAUUUAAUUUUUUCCCCCUCAUCCCUGCCCACUGCUUUUGGAUUUAUUUUUUAUUCAGUUUUAUUUUAUGAUUUUUUUUAUUAUUCUUUCUGGUUUGUCUGAUGCUGUAGUAGUGAGCUGAUUGGUCAAAUACCAGAGCUUUUCUUUUCUUUUUCUAAUGCUGAGACUGUCGUGACUGAUGUUGCACUUGUGAUGGGUUUUAUUUUGUUUUUGUUUUGUUUUGUGUUGCAGAUUGUUGUGCAGAGAGGAGAAUAUUGGGUGUUUUCCUUAUUUUCUUUUAAGUCACAGCUGUUAUUUUAUCAAUCAUAGAUCUGUGACACAGAGCAAGAAAAAUGAUUCUACAGUGUAUUUUUUUCACUGAUAUUUAUUUAUUGGUCAUUUGUAUGUUUUUCUUGGUUUGUUCUUAUUUGUAUUGCUUUUUUGCGGAGGGCAAACAGGACUCAAGGUAGAGGAGUAGUCUCUCAUUGGCAUUUUACAUUUGUGUACAGAAAGCAAAAUAUUAUAUUCAACCAUCACACUAACGUACAGUCUAUAAAGUAACUAGUUACAGUUAAAAAUAGAAACCUACAGCACAGUAAGGUGCAAUGUUUCUGGCUUUACUGUGACUGUCCGACUUACUGACAUCCAUUAUUUUGUUUACUGUUUACCCUCUCAGAAGGCCCCAACAAACAAACUGCUCAUGGGUUAAAGCUGAGUAGCCACAGCAUGGUGUAUUUGAACUCUAGUGCUUUGCUAAUAACUCACAGUUAAAGCUUGUAUUGUUUGAAACUUGGAUGGUUUUUAUCAGUAAGUACUGAAUGUCAGCUACAAAGCAGACUAGAUGUUUUUGUUUUUAAGGUUUAGGUAUUUCAACUGAUGAUAACUACUAUGAUAGUGGACUGAUUGGCUUGUUAUUAACCUGCACUCCCUGUUAGCGAGGUGGGACACGCCUGCUUUGAAAUAUCAUUGAGGUUUGUUGCUUGGUUUUUCAGAAUCCAGUUCUAAGUCUAGAUUGCAUGACUUAUCUAGUUUGCCGGGUGGGGGGAGGAUUGACUUCAGUCACUGCUGUUGCAGUUCAGAGGCUUCCUGUAUGUACGACGCCAUGGAUUUAUUGUCUUGACAGUUGUAUCAAUCGACACAGCUUUACUGCCUGUUUCUUUAUUUUAUUUUUUGUGUUUGUUUGUUUUUGUUUUGUUUUUGGCUGUAUUUUAUCCCCCCCUCCCCCCUCCCCCUCCCCCGAGUCUCAUUUCAAACAGAAUAAAUGCCAUUAUAUUGUGAAUACCUCAGGAUUUUUUUGGAGAAAAAAAAUAAUAAAACACUUAAAAAUCAAAUAAAUAAAUAAAUAAAAACUCAUUAAAAAAAGGAA